ACUCUGGCACCAGCUGACUCUGCAGGUUUUGGACUUUGUUCAGGACCCUUGUUUUGCCCAAGGCGAUGGACUCAUCAAGCUGUAUGAGAACUUCAUCAGUGAAUUUGAACACAGGGUGAACCCCUUGUCCCUGGUAGAGAUCAUCCUUCAUGUAGUCAGACAGAUGACAGAUCCCAAUGUGGCCCUUACUUUUCUGGAAAAGACUCGAGAAAAGGUAAAAAGCAGCGAUGAAGCUGUCAUUUUGUGUAAAACAGCCAUCGGGGCACUCAAGCUGAACAUUGGAGACCUGCAGGUCACCAAGGAGACCAUUGAGGAAGUUGAGGAGAUGCUGAACAACCUCCCCGGGGUGACUUCAGUUCACAGCCGCUUCUAUGAUCUCUCCAGCAAGUACUACCAGACGAUUGGGAAUCAUGCCUCCUACUAUAAGGAUGCUCUGCGGUUUUUGGGGUGCAUUGAUGUUAAAGAUCUGCCAGUAUCAGAGCAGCAGGAGAGAGCCUUUACCCUGGGACUGGCAGGGCUCUUGGGAGAAGGUGUUUAUAACUUUGGGGAGCUGCUCAUGCACCCCGUUCUGGAGUCCCUGAGAAACACCGAUCGGCAGUGGCUGAUUGACACACUUUAUGCCUUCAACAGUGGUAAUGUAGAGACGUUUCAGGCUUUGAAGUCGGCGUGGGGUCAGCAGCCAGAUCUGGCUGCAAAUGAAGCACUUCUGCUGCAAAAGAUUCAGCUGUUAUGUCUGAUGGAGAUGACUUUCACCCGACCAGCCAAUCAUAGACAGCUCACUUUUGAAGAGAUUGCCAAGAGUGCCAAAGUCACUGUGAAUGAGGUGGAGCUGCUGGUGAUGAAGGCGCUCUCGGUAGGCUUGGUGAAGGGCAGCAUUGACGAGGUCGAUAAGAGGGUGCACAUGACAUGGGUACAACCACGCGUGUUGGACUUACAGCAGAUCAAAGGGAUGAAAGACCGCCUGGAGUUCUGGUGCACGGAUGUGAGGAGCAUGGAGAUGCUGGUGGAGCACCAGGCUCAUGACAUCCUGACAUAGAGGAACUCGCGCUACCCCCGGGAGUGGAAUUUCUGCUGCUACUGACGCUGGCAGCACUCAGACCACUGACUCUGUACUGAAUUCUGUUGAAGGGGGGUGGGUGGGCAGAGGGGGGAGCAGCUUUUCGACGCUUGUUCGGAGGAGUAAGUGGCCUUUUGCUGUGUAACCCUUUGGUGCUUGGAGUCAAGAUUUCCCUAUCCGCUAACGUGAGCGGCACUGAUCGUGAGAGCCCUGUCCUGCGCUUGUGAAAGGGAGGACAAAGGCUCCGCCGCAGUUGAUUUAUCAGUCCCGUCAUCGCACUGGUGUGGGAGGAUGUGAGUGAUGCUGGUUGUGUGUUCCAGGAGCAGAGGCUGUUUGCUGGGUAGAGGGGCAGCAGAAGCUCCUUGCUGAAAAGGUGCCUGA